AUGCUUUCUCUACCUUCAACGGUGUUACAGAGGAGAGCUAUAGAAGAUGAGAAGAAAGACAAUAAGGUAGUGAGCCGAUCUGUAUGGAAAGAUCCGUUCGUUGAUGCUUUCUUGAUGAAGAAGAAAAACGCAGCUUUGAACAAGAAGAUAUGGUGGUCAAGGAGAUCGACAAUUCUGCCAAAGUAUGUUGAUUCCUCGGUGAGAAUCUACAAUGGUAAAAAACUCAUGUGCGUUGUAAGAUCACUGAGGGGAAAGUUUGUCUUUACAAGAAAAGGAAAUGGAGAGAGCUUCAUUGGUAACAAGGUGGCAAAUGUGCAAUGCAAUUGGAAAAUGAUGUUGCGUGUUUCCUCUCAUUCUUUAUCAGGUUGGGGAAAGUCGAGAGAUUUCAAGCACAAAUCGAUAGCUUCUCCGGAGAUUCCAACGACAAAUCGACUUUCUUCCUCUUCCGGCUUCCAUCGUCGAUUGCCGAUCAUGGCCAAAGAGAAACUGAAUCAUCUUCUCACCUCUGAUGCAGAAGACCCUCACAACGAUGGUGAUAAACUUGAGAGUCUUAACUUAUUAAGCGGAGAGAAACUUUUCAAUAGUAGCAAUGAUAAACCUCCUACUGCAGCCUCCGUUAACGUUCUGUUGAGACAAGCGUUGCAUGCUGAUGACAGGGGUGCGGUUUUAGCUUGUACGGUUCCGUGGAUUAAGUGUUUGUUACUUACUCAUUCCAGUGGGAUUAUGUCUCAAGAGUCAUCGUUGCUCGCCUUGAACUCUAUGUAUCAGGUUAGUGACUGUAUGAGUUUAUCAUACGAGUGUGCUCUUGUCGUGGCUGCUUUGUUAGUAAAAUAG